AUGGAUCGAUGGGCUCCAAAAUUUCCGUCCAGUUCUAAUUCAACCGCUCUGCGUAACGGAAAAGGCACUCGACAAGUUGGAAAUAAUUAUGGAACAGCCGUAUCUUUUAAUUGGAAUCGCACCGCGAAAUUACGUAUCAACCCCGGUUUGCCGUCAAUAACGGCUUUGAACUGUUUAGCUAACAAAGGCAGCGAGUCUUCCGUUAGUUACAUCUUCGGCCCGCGGGGGCACCGAUUUUAUUCGAGCGGUCUAUCGGGGCAUCGUUGGGUUGGGUUGGUACUUGAUAUUAUUGGUUUUCUAUUCGUUUUGAGAACUUGUUGUAUGCUUACCUGUCUCGGUAACUCAAACCCAAAUGCUAAAAUCAAUGGCAAUCCAAACAGAGAUCCAAAGGCCUAUCUCAAUAAGCUGAUAAUGGGUUUGUGGAAAAUGUUAGUGUCACAUUUUAUGAAUAAUUCACAAAAUUUAUCGUCUUAUCUGUUAAAAUUUGAUGAAAAAAGUUUAUUAUGCAAAAAUGAUUGCGGUUUCUAUGGAAAUCAAGCUUGGUUUGGAUAUUGCUCCAAAUGUUUUAGAGAUUAUAAAAAAGAUAAAUUAAACAAAAAGCCAAGCAGUUCAAUUAUUAUAAAUAAUGUGAAAAAUAACUUAUCACCAUUAGAUAUUAAAAGCAAAAAUAAAGAUUCUGACAAACCCCAAGAGAUAUUAAAUUCAAAUAAUUUAUCCAACCCAAAUUUAAAUAAAUUUUAUUCAUUUUUCCCUAUAUCCCCAUCAUCAAAUGAAACUAAAGUUCUAGAAAAUGCCUUAUUUUUUAAGAUUAAUGUUCCAGGGAUGCCACAAAAUGAGGCAGCAGAUGAAAGUCUCAUAGAUUUGUACAAUUUUUUACAACCAUUGGGGAAGAGUGUUUUGGUAGAUCUAAAAAAACAACUUCAAACUUUUUUGACAAUUUUUUGGGGAAAAUUAUCUGAUUAUAGUGUUCCAGAUAUUGAUACAUUUGAUGAUCAAUUAUCAAAUUUAGUAUUGGAUUUUUAUAACAAUGUAUAUGAAAGAAUGAAUUCUUCGAACAUUUACAAACAUCUCACUUCAGCCCAAAUCGAAGCUAUUAUGGAUUUUUUGGAAAAAUUUGUUUUUUUGUCUGUUUACCAGGACGUCUUUCACGCUAUUUCCACCAAAGAGGAAAUCAAGGAUUUAGAAAUUCAAGAUAAGAUUAGACGCCUUUCCACUUGGUUCUGUUCUCAGUUACUGGACGAUAUAGGGAUAGAUGAAAAAGAUCCGUCUAUUCAAGAUUACAUGGACCAAGCUAUUACAGACAUUAUAGAAACAAAUGCCCGCAAGACCCCUCAACAGAAAUUGCAUUGCGUAUAUCGGUGCAGCAAGCAAAUUUUCGCUAUGUUAUCCGAAAGCAAAAAGAAGAUCUUUAAAGCGGAAAAUAACCUUCACACAGAUUCUAGUGAAAAGGAUCUCAGUGUGUACUCCGAUCAAUCCUCACUUAAUCAGGUUAACCAAGAUUUUUCGGAUCUCUCCCUUCUCGGUGCAUGUAAAGACGUAAACGAGGACAAAUUCACCAUUGUCGAAGAUACCAACCCAAAUACUAAUAUAAUUCUUAAAAACAAAAUUAUUGUCGAAUCAAAAAAUUCCGAAAAAUCGAACCCACAAGGAACAUCGUUCAGAAAAAUAACCAAUAAUAUUACAAGCGCCGAUGAAUUUUUGCCAGCCCUCAUUUACGUCAUACUAAAAGCUAAUCCGCCUAUGCUUCAAUCCAACAUGAUUUACGUUUCCAAAUUUUGCUAUCCCAACAGAUUGCUCCGUGGGGAAGCUGGAUACUAUUUCACAAAUUUGUGCUGCGCUAUUUCUUUCAUUGAAAAUUUAAACAGUCAAACGCUCAAAAUCAGUGACCGUGAAUUUCAGGCCAGAAUGAAUGGUGACAAGAGCCUUUCCAGCCUAUCAAACCUACCUGUUAACAUUGAGGACUUUCCCCAAAGUGUCACUCUUAACUCACUCAUUCAUAAGCAAACCCAGGUUAUCCAAGAAUCGGAACAAAUGACUAGGGACAUAUUGUUGUUUAAAGAUAAGAUGAUGGAUAAGUUUAGAGAUUCUUAUGAAGGAGCUUCCUUCUAACACAUUCAUAAUUGAAUUAUUUAUAGGAUUGUUAUUUCGAAUCCUAUGAGACAAAAUUAAAGCACCCAUGCAACUGCGAAAUAACUAAUUGCUAUGCCAAUGAAUGAAUUAAUGGAUAAAAUAAUAAUGAUCUUAACUGCUCAACUUUGAGUCAUAUAAAUCGAGCAUUGAAGUUAUUAUUAUAGUCAGUCGUUAUUGGUGCUUGGCUUAAUUUUUAAAGCGCAUCAUAUUUGUUCCUUUAAAUUUUUGAAUGCUUUUUAUAUCACACAUAUUUCGCUCCAAAAUUAUAUAACUACAUUAAAUGAUAAUAGUGGUUUUUAAAAUGUUUUGUUUUCAAGUUUGAUUCGCCUUUGCAAAUGAUUAUGUCAGAAAUAUGGGUUUUAUCUCAUGGAUCAUCAAAAUUUCAGUUAUUACUAUAAAUAAUAGUAACCUUUUUAAUUAAUUGCCACAGUAAAUUUGCAAGAACCACUCCUGGUUUUUCUAAUAUUUUUGAUAAGAAGAACGUUCACUCAUUUUCUUUAGAAACUAUUGUUUUAUUUUCAAGCUCUCAAAUACAAAAUUAAAGAAAAAUUAAAUCACUUUUGUGUCUUCUACAACUAUUUUUCAAAUUUGAAUGUUCCUAAACCUCUUGAAUAAAGUAUGAAUAUUUAUAAUUUAUUGUAUUUAACCAUUAUAGGCGAAAAUAAUAUUCUAUGUAACCUAUAAAAUAAAAUGGAAUUUAUGACCGUCCAAAAAAAUACAUAAUAUUAUAUACCCCCCUCAUAAAUCAAAAUUUAUAUAAU